GCACGUUUCAAUGCAUUUUAAUAGAAGGACUUUUAUUUUGAAACUACCACUCUUAUUUUGACGGGCCUCGCAGCAACCGGACGUGCUGAGGAGAGAGUUUCCUCUGAGAUGCAGACGGCAGACGCAGGCAGAGAGGAGACCACAAAGCACAGACUGUUUGACACGCAAAUAACUAAGCACAAAUCAGUUCCACUCCGGGCAGAAGCAACGCCUUUUCACUAUUAUUUGUGCUCAAGAUGGCAAGCGUGUAAUUAAAGCCACAACUACAACGAGGACACGUCUUGUCUUUUGAGUCAAAGUUUAGCUAGCUGUCUAGUUGAAACACACACGUCUCAGCGAGGACAGUACAGUGAAAAGGCGAGAAUUUCCGGAGUUCAGCUGAAAAGAAGAUGGACGCCAAGCCAGAAGCAAGCAAGUCAGACAAAGGCUCCAAAACUGCAAAAAGCUCUCGCUCCUCCACAUCUAGCACAGCAAUUCAAGCACGAGCCCAGGCCGAAGCAGCCAAAGCACGAGCUUCAUACGCCGACACGGAAGCAAAGCUUAAAGUAGAAAGUGCAGCAAAGGAAGCAGAGUUGCAGUUAAGCAAAGCAAAGUUGGACGCAGAGUUAAAAGCACUGGAAUACAAGAGAGAGGCAGCUGCAGCCAUAGCACAAGCUGAAGCAUUAGAAGCGGCUGAAGAAUUGGAGUCAGACAAAUCAGAUUCAAUUGCUCGAGAAAAUUUAGAAAAGGACAUUAAGACAAGAACACAGGAAUAUGUUGAAAAACAGGCACAUCUUCAGUCACAGCCAAACCAAGCCACUGCAGCUUCACAAUUCACAGGACCUGAUUCAGAUGGAAGUUUUGUAACGUGGCAUGCCCCAUCACCAAAGGACGUGCAUGCGCAGACCAGUGAAAAUAAUGCUCAAGAAAAUGCAGCUUUCAGCGACAAUGAUCUCAAACGUUGCAGCCAUGCAAACAACUAUGACGGGCAGAAUGGACCCCAAGCGAAACCCAAGUCAACUCAAUACGCUCACGGGUUUUCACUAAACGCUGCAGCACCAUCGUAUGUCCCACGAGGUAUGGGCCCACCCAUCAGCACAACAUCGGAUACAGAACACUUAGCUUGUUACUUGGCCCGCCGCAACUUAAUAAGUACAAGUCUUUACCCGUUCGAUGACAAACCCGAAAGUUACAGAGCAUGGCAGUCAUCAUUCGUCAACACUACUGAAGGUGUAGGACUCACAGCCACUGAAACGUUGGAUCUGCUAGUUAAGUGGCUCGGGACUGAGUCUGCCAAACAUGUCAAAAGGAUUCGAUCAGUGCACGCAGGGAACCCAAAUGUAGCGCUGGAGAAAGCCUGGGCACGCCUCCAAGAGUGCUACGCUGCACCUGAAGUGACAGAAAAGGCUCUGUUUAAAAGACUUGACAAUUUCCCCAAAGUAUCUGCCAAAGAUUACAGCAAGCUGAGAGACUUGGGUGACUUGCUUAUGGAAAUUCAAGGUGCAAAAGAAGAGGGGUACUUAAAAGGACUCUCGUACUUGGAUACUGCCAGAGGCAUUGGCCCCAUAAUAGAAAAGCUUCCCUACGGGAUUCAAGACAAGUGGCUCACAGUCGGCUCAAGGUAUAAGGAAGAAUACAAAGGUCAGUUUCCACCAUUUGACUACUUCACCAGUUUCAUCUGUAAUGAAGCAUGCAGGAGGAACGAUCCAAGCUUUCUGUUUUCUCGCAGUCAUGAAAGACAGCAUGAAGCGCUUUCAAGGAGCUUUGGAAACAAAAUAUCAGUUCAUAAAACUGAGGUUUCUACAGGGGCAAACCAGCCAACAAAUCCACAAGUGAUGCAUCUCAAAGGACUAGAGAAAAACUGCCUUAUCCACAACAAAGCACACCCACUGAGAAAGUGUAGAGCAUUCAGAGCGAAAAGUAUCGAGGAGAGGAAAACUAUUCUCAAACAAAGUGGAAUCUGUUUCAAAUGCUGCGCGGCAACUAGUCAUCUUGCAAAGGACUGCAAAGCCCAGGUAAAGUGUUCCGAGUGCAACAGCGACCACCACGACACAGCAAUGCACAUCAGCGUGCCACCUCAAGGUUCCACCAGGCCUGCUCCCCCAGCAAGAGACGGCGGGGAGGAGGAACAAACUGACAUCGACACAGCAGUAAGUUCACAGUGUACUCAAGUUUGUGGUCCUGGGCUAACAGGUAGAUCCUGCUCUAAGAUCUGUCUGGUUCGAGUGUAUCAUCAAGGGCAACGUGGAAAAGCAGCCAACAUGUACGCGAUCCUCGACGACCAAAGUAAUUGCUCCCUGGUCCGCUCAGACUUCUUUGAACUGUUCAAUGUCAAAAGCCCUCUGUUCCCGUAUAAACUAAAAACUUGUGCUGGGCCGCUUGAAACAUCCGGACACAAAGCAGAAGGUUUCCAGAUCGAAUCUCUUGAUGGAAAAAGAGUUCUCUCACUGCCGCCACUAAUCGAAUGCAACGAAAUACCUAACGACCGUUCUGAAAUCCCCACGCCAGAUGCUGCUCGUUGUCACUCUCACCUCGAGAAAAUUGCACAGUACAUUCCGGAGCUUGACCCCAAUGCGGAAAUCCUGAUCUUACUCGGGAGAGACAUUCUGAGAGUUCACAAGGUUCGCCAACAAGUAAAUGGUCCCCACAACGCUCCUUUCGCGCAGAAACUGGACCUGGGAUGGGUCCUGAUUGGAGACGUGUGUCUGGGAAAUGCACACAAGCCUACAGUAAGCUCGUACAGAACCAACGUGUUAGAAAACGGCCGCCCUUUUAUCUGCACGCCCUGCAACAGCUCUAUCAAGGUGAUCGAGAACACCUGCCAAGGCGGGGACCAAAUAAGCAAAUUCCGCAACAAAUCACUGGAGACCUUGGGACAGAACGUGUUCAAUGAAACAGCUUCUGACAAUAAACUUGGCCCAUCCAUUGAAGACACAAUCUUUCUGCAGCUAAUGGACACAGAAAUGUUUAGGGACGACUCAAAGCACUGGGUGGCACCCCUUCCCUUCAGACCUCAGCGUCAGCGGCUCCCCAACAACCGUGAGUAUGCUCUGUCUCGUCUCUACUCCCUUCAAAAGACUUUGCGAAGAAAGCCAAAGGUCAAAGACCAAUUUCUUGAGUUCAUGAACAAGAUCUUUCAGAACAACCACGCUGAGGUUGCUCCGCCAUUGCUAGAAAAUGAGGAAUGCUGGUAUCUGCCGACUUUCGGAGUCUUUCAUCCACAGAAGCCACACAACAUAAGUGUGGUGUUUGACUCAAGCGCAAAGCACUCAGGGAUGUCUCUGAACGACACUCUUCUCAAAGGCCCGGACCUAAACAACUCCCUUGUAGGGGUUUUGAUUCGUUUUCGAAAGGAACAAGUGGCUAUACUUGCAGAUAUUCAGCAAAUGUUCCACUGCUUCCUCGUUUGCAGCGACCACCGGAACUACCUGAGAUUUUUAUGGCACAAAGACAACGACAUGUCCAAAGAGAUCAUCAACUAUAGGAUGCGGGUGCAUGUUUUCGGGAACAGCCCGUCUCCCUCUGUGGCCAUCUAUGGACUCAGGAGAGCUAUCAAGGAAGGGGCACACAAACAUGGAGCAGACACAGUCAAGUUCGUUGAGCGCCAUUUUUAUGUUGAUGAUGGCCUCAUCAGUGUGUCAACAGACAACAAAGCCAUAAGCCUCCUCCAGAGAACUCAAGCCUCGCUCAGUGAAUCAAACUUGAGGCUGCACAAGUUCGCUUCGAACAGCAGCGCUGUCCUGCAAGCGUUCGCCCCAGAAGAUCGAGCAGUUCUCAAAGACUUGGACCUCAGUGAUGAAGCUACUCCAGUGCAACGUAGCUUAGGCUUGAUAUGGGUAACCACUGCGGACACCUUCACAUUCAAAGCAUCUGAAGACAAAAAGCUUUUCACGCGCAGAGGUGUUCUGUCUACGGUGAACAGUAUAUUUGAUCCCCUAGGCAUGCUCGCCCCUGUAACCAUUGAGGGCAAACAUCUGCUGAGAGAGUUCUGUGCUGACAAGUGUGAUUGGGAUGCUCCCCUUCCUGAAGGAAAGCUAAAACAGUGGGAGUUAUGGAGGGACUCUCUACAAGAUUUGAACAAGCUGCACAUCCCAAGAGCAUAUACUCCUACGUCUCUCUCUAAAGCUGAACACAAAGAGCUGUGUGUGUUUUCCGAUGCAUCUGUCAAAGCCAUUGGAGCUGUGGCGUACCUCAGGACGAUUCAAGCUGAAGGACAAGUCAAUGUUGGAUUCAUUCUCGGAAAGGCUAAACUAGCUCCACUCUCCCAACCAACAAUCCCACGUUUGGAACUGUGCGCUGCGGUACUGGCUGUGGAGGUUGCUGAUCUCAUCCAAGAUGAACUGGACUUGAAGCUGGACUCUGUCAAAUUUUUCUGUGACAGCAAAGUUGUCCUCGGAUAUAUUCACAAUCGGACUAAACGCUUCCAUGUCUACGUUCACAACCGAGUCCAACGCAUCCAUCAGUCUACAAAACCAAACCAGUGGUUCUACGUUCGCACCGAUGACAAUCCUGCGGACCACGCAUCCAGGUCGGUUCCAGCAGCAUACCUUUCACAGACCACAUGGUUCACUGGACCAGCUUUUCUGCACAAACCAAAACUUGGUCCUGAAAACACAUCAGAAACCUUUGAACUUGUAAAUCCUGAAACAGAUACAGAGAUACGAGCUGAAGUGAGCAGUUAUUUGACACAAACUCAAGAGAAGUGUUUUGCCACACGUUUCCAACGCUUUUCAUCUAUGCAUUCACUCACCAGAGCAAUAGCAACUCUCAUCCAUGCGAUCAAGACUUACAAACAAAACAAGUCUGACACACACAAGGUAGUCCAGCAGUGCAAGCUUCCAUGUACUUCUGAUGAGUUGGCUCAAGCUAGACAUGUCAUUAUCAAAGCGGCUCAAGAAGAGUUUUUCUCACAAGAAAUGGUGGCUCUGGCAAGCAAUCAACCUGUGCCCAGAAACAGUGCACUUCAAAAGCUUAAUCCAGUUCUAAAAGAGGACUUGAUUUGGGUCGGUGGCAGACUUAAACAUGCUCAGAUAAACGCAACAGAAUGGAACCCGAUCAUCUUGCCAAAGAACAGUCACAUUUCCCUGCUUCUAGUGAGACAAUACCACGAACAAGUCAAACAUCAAGGUCGUCACUUUACUGAAGGCGCCCUCCGAGCAGCAGGCUACUGGAUCAUUGGAGGAAAACGACUCAUCGCCUCAGUUUUGCACAAGUGCGUGACAUGUCGACAGCUGUGUCGUAAAGUAGAACAACAGCUCAUGGCAGAUCUGCCGCCAGAACGCUUGCAAGUGUCCCCUCCCUUCACGUACGUUGGAGUGGACGUGUUUGGGCCCUGGCCAGUCAUUUCCAGGCGCACUAGAGGUAGCCACGCUGAGAACAAACGGUGGGCUAUGCUCUUCUGCUGCAUGAGUUCACGGGCUGUCCACAUCGAGGUCAUCGCUUCCUUGGACACCUCCAGCUGCAUAAAUGCACUCAGGAGGUUCUUCGCAAUACGUGGACCUGUCAAGCAGAUCCGAUCAGACUGUGGAACAAACUUUGUGGCAGCAGCCAAAGAGCUGGGGCUGAGCCAGAAAAAUCCAAAUGUGUCAAUGCAGAAGUUUUUAAGUGAGCAGAACUGUGAGUGGGUGUUCAAUCCACCCCAUGCUUCCCACAUGGGGGGGUCCUGGGAAAGGCUUAUCGGACUUUCAAGAUGCAUCCUGGACGCUAUCUUGCUCAAAGACAACAUUCAGCUCACCCACGAUGUUUUGUGCACUCUAAUGAUGGAAGUAUCCGCUAUCAUCAAUGCCAGACCCUUGGUUCCAGUCCCAAACAAUCCAGACUCACCUUCCAUUCUCUGCCCUGCCAUGAUUCUCACACAGAAAGUGGGAGUCCCACCACCCCAAGGAGAAUUCACAAACAAAGAUCUCUACAGCAAACAAUGGAGACAAGUCCAAGCUUUCGCGGACGAGUUCUGGCGUCGUUGGCGUUAGGAAUAUCUUCCAACUCUACAGACUCGAAGGAAAUGGACUCAAACGAGAAGGAAUGUCAAAGAAGGAGACAUUGUGCUCAUGAAAGACUGUCAAAAUGCACGUAACAACUGGCCAAUGGCGAAGAUUACUGCUGUUUUUCCUGGAAGUGAUGGAAGAGUCAGGGAAGUUCAACUCCAAACAUCAGAGCGGGGAACUUUAAAGACUUUUAAGAGACCUAUUUCGGAAAUAGUUGUUCUUUUGCCAAUAGAUUAAUGUUUAAAGUUUGCUAAUGUUAAAUAGUGACCUUAUCAGGCCAGGCGGGGAGUGUUCUGCCUUUCAGGCACGUUUCAAUGCAUUUUAAUAGAAGGACUUUUAUUUUGAAACUACCACUCUUAUUUUGACGGGCCUCGCAGCAACCGGACGUGCUGAGGAGAGAGUUUCCUCUGAGAUGCAGACGGCAGACGCAGGCAGAGAGGAGACCACAAAGCACAGACUGUUUGACACGCAAAUAACUAAGCACAAAUCAGUUCCACUCCGGGCAGAAGCAACGCCUGUAGGUAUUUUCAUAAAGUUAGAGGGUUUUGUCAAGUUUUGUGAUGGUAAUUCGUGGUUUAUUAGCUGCUAAAAGCGAACUUGGAAACUUUGUAAAAAGACAUUGUAAAUGCUGUGUUGAGAGAUACGUUGUCAGAAUAUUUGUGCUAGGAGCAAUAAGUUAAAUACUAAAGGCCUACUGUUAAAAUAAUAAGUUAAUUCAUGCUAGGUUAAAAAGAUAAGCUAAAUAAGCCUCUUUUGGGCAUUUUCUUUGGUUUGCCUGCAGUUGUGCAGCAGCCAUUUCUAGUUUGUUUCAGGCACUGUGAUUAACAAGGAAAAAUAGCUAAUUCUGUCUUUUGUGUUUCUGUGUUUUGCGGUUUCACUAUUAUUUGUGCUCAAGAUGGCAAGCGUGUAAUUAAAGCCACAACUACAACGAGGACACGUCUUGUCUUUUGAGUCAAAGUUUAGCUAGCU